AUGUCUCUAGCGAGCCUGCUGCCGCCCUAUGAUGCCUUCCGUUUGCUCAACGGACGCACGUUACUGCAAGGUAUCAUCGCCUUUUGGAUCGUCAAGACUGUCGUCACAAUCGUCUACCGCUUGCUGUUCCACCCUCUCGCCCACGUCCCCGGGCCCAAGCUGGCCGCAAUAUCAGACCUGCCCUUCAUCGCCUACUUCUUCCGUGGCGACUCGCACACUGUAGUGCUCAGAUGGCAUGAGAAGUACGGAGAGGUCGUCAGGAUAGGGCCGGACGAGCUGUCGUUCAACAACGAGCAGGCGUGGAAGGAAAUCUACGGUACGAAUAAGACUAGGAUCUUUGUCAAGGAUCGGUACCACCCGGCGCGGCCCGUGAACAACAGGGUCGGCAAGGGCAUCGUCCCCGCCACCGGCAAAGACCACACCCGGCAGCGCCGCCUGCUGUCCCACGCCUUCUCCGAUAGCGCGCUCCGCCAGCAGGAGGCCCUCAUUAAGCAGAGUGUGGAUCUGUUCAUGCACCGUAUCGACGAGAGCUGGGAGUCGACGGGAGCCUUUGACGCCGCCAAGUGGUUCAACCUCCUCACCUUCGACGUCAUCGGCGACCUUGCCUUUGGCGAGCCCUUCGGCUGCCUGCGUGACGCGGCCGCGCAUCGGUACACCGUCCUCGUGGGCAAAGCGCUGGGCACGCUGCCGAGGCUCAACCUCCUCCGCAGGCUCUGGAUCUGGCGGCUGUGGUUCCCGCGCCACACGCCGCGGUACCUCAUUCGCCAGAUCGUCGAGAUGCAGGACAUGGCGAGGGAUAAGCUGGAUCGGCGGUUGCAGCGCACGAUGGCGCGCGAGGAUUUGAUCGGACAUAUCCUGACUCAUCAGACGGAGGAGCUCACGAUGGACGAGGGCGAGUUGCGCGGGAAUGCGUCCACAUUCAUUUCAGCGGGGAGCGAGACGACGGCGAGUGCACUUACGGGUAUUGCGUAUUACUUGGCUUUGGACCCGUUACGGCAGCAGAGGCUUCGCGAUGAGAUUAACGUCACGUUUCCGCCAGGGUCGGAGGUGGGCCUUGAGGGAGCAGCGAAGAUGGAAUACCUAAACACCGUCAUCCAAGAAGGCCUACGACUUUUCCCGCCCGUGGCCGGUGGACUGCAUAGGGAAGCCUUGGAAGACACGUUUGUCUGCGGAAUCCCCAUCGCAAAGGGAGUGAGUUGCACCCGAGUCCUCACCACGCUGAAAUUCAGAUCAGGACCCGUCGCUGACCUGCAGACCAUCGUGUCCUCCAACACAUACGCCGCGGCCAACGACGAGAGGAACUUUACCGACGCGAAGCGCUUCGUCCCCGAGCGAUGGCUGGCAGACGUAGACCCGCGAUACGCCGCGGACAAUAGGGGCGCCUCACAGCCGUUCAGCACCGGGGCCAAGGGGUGCAUCGGCAAGAAUCUGGCAUAUGCCGAGAUGAGGCUGACUGUUUGCCGCCUUGUGAGGAGGUACUAUUUGGAUUUUGAGUCGCCUGCUGAAAUUGCAGCGCAUUGGGAUCCGGCCCGCCAGCGGGCGUUUCUUCUUUGGCAGAAGAGGAGUCUCACGGUUCGAUUGCAUAGGGUGCCUAGUUAG